GCCUCGUUCCAAUAUUUUGAAGCACAAUAUCCAGGCGUUAUCCUUGAAUUGUCCUACUCGCAAAAGAAGAAGGAUCUGUCACGUUUAGCAAAUGAGUAUAUUCUUGGGUCAGAUGCCGAUAUCCGCGUCGUAAUUAGCAUCGAUGUUGAGUAUAAAGGAAGCAAGAAGGCAUCUGUUUCAAUGUGGCGUCCACGUAUUGGAGUUAAUAAUGUGGGAGAGAAAGAAUUAUUCGUUCUCUUCCGCGAUUUUGUAGGAAACCUCAUUCCUGAUCCUCAAGCAAGCCUGCAACUGCGACUCGAGGACUUUGGUACUGAAGCUUUUGGUGCCAAAUUCACUGAUCUGACUCAAAACAUAUACAUCUCGGCAGAAACGUUAUUUACCUUUCUCGAGCGUGCCGAAGCGAAAGCGAGGAGACUGAAACAAGGUGAAGGGUUGGUCAGGAGCACCAAACCUUGGGUAAGAAAACGGCGCAGAGACAGUACACCAGCAGAGCAUCUUGAUCCAGACCGGGAAGGCAUAUUCACAGAGCAGGAGCAGAGGGCAGCGAAGAAGGCUAUGAUGGAUGACGGUUCUUACAAGGCCAGCUCUUCAGAGGCAGAGCUGGAGUAA